AGAUAGUACGUGUAGUACGCGCGCGACGCUUGAGGCGAAAACUAGACUCGACAGACUAAUCGCGGCCGCGGCGCGGGAAGAAUUAAGUGAACUUCUGACUGCAAGUCCUGUGUCGCCGAGUCUUCGUGAUGAAACGGACCUUUACUUGUGAUGUUUUGAAGCUACAAAAGACAUGAGACGUUCAGCCGCUCCCUCCCAACUUGCAUCGGCCAGCAAGCGACCUAGGUUUAUGCCGCCCUUUGCAAACAAACCACCAGGCAUCUCUACAUCAGUAAACACAACCAAUACCCCAAAAUCAUGUGGGUCGAAUUCACUGAGUACAGCAUUUACAAGUACAUCGUCUCAAAAGGAUAUCUCAUCCGGAAGCAGAUCAACCUCGAAUGUUCUCCGACUUAUCCAGCUGCAAAAACCUGCUGAACAGCACCCCUGUAAAAUUCUGGAACCUUUGACAAAACCGGAUCCACCUCAGGCUGUUACCAGUGAUGCGACCCAGGAAAAUUCAUACUCGGGCAAAGUGAGAGAAGACACAUCAGAUGACAGUUUGACCAAUGCUAACCCAUCGCCAGUCACACUUCCUAAUCAACUAGUAAGACACGAUUCAGAGUUAUGUUCCAAGCUGACCAAUGUCAGUUCUGACAUCAUCAGAGAGGAACCUCAAGAUAAGGCAGUAAAUGGUGAGAAUGUCUCCUCGACAGUGCAAACAGCGCUUGCUAGCACCUCUCAUCAGAUCCUGAAGCCAAGAAUGAAUGGCCUCCAUCGGAGUUCAUUCAGACAGCCGCUGCUACACAAAGCCCCUCCCUUGAAAACUGCCACUGAAGAAAAUCUGAAGAAACCUGCGUCUCACUACUACAGUGUGGUUUGGUGCAAGUUGUCCAAGAAGAAGCACAAGAAGUGGGAAGGAGACGCUAUACUGGUUACCAAGGGAAAAUCAGUUACACUUCUAGACACAGAAGGAAAGGAGAUUGGCAAGGGCCGAGGAUACAAGUCAAGUGAGCUUAGUAGUAUGGCUGAAGGCCACACACUGUGCAUUGGAGGAAAGGAGAUAGAGGUUAUGGGGGGGAUUAAACAGGAAGACUUCACCUCUGGUAAAUGCUUCCAGACCACGUCCACCGCAUCUUCCUUUCCAGCCGCGGACUCCCUUCCACCCAAGCCAAGGAGGGUAGCUGCUAAACCAUUCAUGAAUCCUCAGAAAGCCUCGUCUUCACCUGCUGGAAAUAGUGAGCCUGUCACAACCACCAAGUCAGCACCAAAGCCGCUGCAUGACCCCACCCAUCCCGAUGCCCUUGUGAUGCCCCGCCCAUCCCCUGCCCACCAGUGGGCCCACAACCCCCAGCACCAUCCUGUGGUGGAUGUGGUCUUGGAUCCCUACCUGUCCUCCAAGCUCAGACCCCAUCAGAGAGAAGGAGUUCUGUUUCUAUAUGAGUGUGUGAUGGGGUUGCGCAGUUUCCAAGGAAACGGAGCAAUAUUAGCUGAUGACAUGGGACUUGGAAAGACAUUGCAGUGCAUUUGUCUGAUAUGGACACUCUGCAAGCAGGGCCCGUACCGAGCCAAGCCAGUCACCAGGAGAGUUCUGAUUGUAACCCCAGGUAGCUUAGUCAAGAACUGGUGUCGUGAGUUCAAGAAGUGGCUUGGCAAUGAGAGAAUGCGAGUUUUUGCGGUCAGUGCUGACAAGAAAGUUCAGGAGUUUGCAAGUAGCCCCAUCUAUCCCAUCCUCAUCAUCAGCUAUGAAAUGUUUGUCCGCUCCAUUGAGGACAUCCGCAAGAUCAACUUUGAUCUGAUCGUCUGCGAUGAAGGGCACCGACUUAAGAACACCAAUAUCAAAACCACAUCUCUGAUAUCAAGCCUGCCUGUACAGAGAAGAAUUUUACUGACUGGCACCCCAGUCCAGAAUGAUCUGCAAGAAUUCCACUCCAUUGUUGAGUUCUGCAACCCAGGUGUGCUAGGGUCCAGUGCCGCAUUCCACCGUGUCUACGAAGACCCAAUCACCAAGGGCAACCAGCCACAGGCUAAGUCUGAAGAAAAGAAGCUAGCUGCUACAAGAGCCGCAGAGUUGUCGAGACUGACUGGUUUGUUUGUUCUCCGAAGAACACAGGAAAUCAACAAUAAGUACUUACCUCCAAAAGUGGAGACUGUGGUCUUCUGCAAACCCAGCCCUCUCCAGCUCCUCCUCUACCAGUGGCUCCUGAGCUCCAGGGUCCUCCGCAGCUGUCUUACCGCCUCCAGCCAGUAUGCUGAGGCAUCAUUCUCCUCGCCCCACCUUGUCUGCAUUACAGCCUUGAAGAAGCUAUGUAACCACCCAGGGCUGUUGCAUCAAGCCUGCUUGGACGCUGACACGGAACAUCGAGAGACUGGUUCAGUGGACGAUGGAUUCCUUGCGGAGGAGUCGUUAUACAAAGAUUUACUGCCUUUUUUCCCGGACAACUACACAGUAGACAGUGUUGACAUGGAGCACUCGGGUAAAAUGCAAGUGCUCGCUGAUCUGCUCUGCUCGCUGCAUGAAAAUGGACCAUCCGAGAAGAUUGUUCUGGUGUCAAACUAUACGCAGACGUUAGGCUUUCUGCAGAAGCUCUGCGAGCAGGAGGGAUACAAGUUCUGUCGCCUGGACGGGAGCACACCCACCGCAAGACGCCAGGAGAUUGUGGAACAUUUCAAUAGCUCCUAUUCACAGGAAACUGUGUUUUUAUUAAGUUCCAAAGCUGGAGGUGUUGGCUUGAAUCUGAUUGGUGCAUCCAGGUUGUUGCUCUAUGACAUCGACUGGAAUCCAGCCAAUGACCUGCAGGCAAUGGCCAGAGUGUGGAGAGACGGUCAAAAGAGACAGGUGCAUAUCUACAGACUCAUCACGACGGGUACGAUCGAGGAGAAGGUGUACCAGAGACAGAUCAGCAAGCAGGGUCUGAGUGGGGCGGUGGUUGAUGCUAAGAGCCAUGGCCAUGUCAAAUUCUCCCUGGAAGAUCUCAGGGAUCUGUUCACUCUCCAUGAGAGCACAGCCUGCGUCACCCAUGAUAUGAUGGCCUGUACUUGCCUGACGGGGGAGGAGACAGUCAGAGAAGCUCCACAGACUGCUCCAAGCAGGGCAUGUCAGCUGGGAGUCAAGAGGAACCAAGACAGGAAGAAUCUGUCGAUGAACCAACUCAUGGAGUGGAAACAUUUCUCUGGACCAUUGAGCUCAACUUUUGAGGAUGAUCAUUUGCUCAGAGCAGGGAGUCAGAUCACAUUUGCCUUUCAAAACAAAACUAAUGACAAGUCAACAGAUGAAUAGACAAGCCAAUCUUCCAAACCACUGAGACUUGGAUUCCAGUCAGUUGCUUCAGGAAGGUGUACGGAGUGCCAGAAUGAUACCUCUAAGUUCAUAGUAAAAUAUUGUCCAGAAUCUUAUUCCAUUCAGACAUACUGAAGGCUGGAAUCAGACGACAGGCGUUUUUGGUCAAAUUUUGAAUGACCAUUCCGUGAGCCUAAUAAUCUACAGUACAUUAAAAAUAAAACCAACUGAGAAAAAGAUUAUCUUGGUGAAAGGUGCACAUUAUAAAACACCCAGCUUUGUGCCUCCUGGCUUAAAUCG